UGCUGCUGGGCUUGUAAUUGUCUGUUAGCUAAUGGUUCAACAGUCACAGCCAGCACACAGAUGGUAUUCAGAUAGUGCAUGGUAUCUCCCCAUACUGAAGCAUUGGGCAGAGUGCCCAGGUUUUGACUAGUACACCAACACAAGGCACAGCAGCAGGAGUAGGUUAGGGACAGCAUGCAGCGUACAGGUGCCCUGCUGUGUGAGGAACAGAACUUGGUGGACCAGAGCCAGAUGUGAAAUGGUCGUACAGAGGAUAUAGGGACAUAUUGUGGAUAGAGCAUACCCUGACGGUUGAUAUAGCCAUAUGUAGCUGUGCCUUGUCCAGGAUGAACACCUGCUCCAGGGUAUAACUCUCUCUGAUGUAGUGUGGUACUCAGUACAGUGUUACUGUGUAGAGAAUUGUCGACUUGCUCAACCUGACAGGAUGGUGUAGAUAUGUAAACAUUGGUACAGACCCCAGGAUUGUAGUUCUGUGGAUUGUGUUGUGGAUUCCUGUUCCGUGGAUUGUAGAUUGUGACUUAACCAACAAGAGAUGAUGUGGUCAAGACGUGAGCCAGAGAGUGCCUUCAAUGUCAAAAAAUGUACCACUUGGUUUCAAGAGUAUACAGGUCCAGAUGAAGACAGUAUUGGCCCGGAAGGCAUGGAGAAAUUCUGUGAAGACAUUGGUGUUGAACCAGAAAAUAUUGUGAUGCUGUCUCUAGCCUGGAAACUUCAGGCUAAGAAUAUGGGUUUCUUUACCUUAGAAGAAUGGCUGCAGGGAAUGACAUCAUUACAGUGUGACAGUAUUCAAAAGGUGCAACAGAAACUCGACUACCUCAAGUCUCUUCUGGAUGAUGCUGUACAUUUCAAGAAUAUCUACCGCUUUGCAUUUGACUUUGCCAGGGAAAAAGAUCAGAGAAGUAUGGACAUCGAGACAGCCAAGGCAAUGUUGUCUCUGCUCCUCGGAAAAAACUGGUGUUUGUACGGGUCCUUUCACCAGUUUCUUGAGCAAUCCAAGUACAAAGUGAUUAAUAAGGACCAAUGGUGUAACAUUCUUGAGUUCAGCAGGUCCAUAGCUCCAGAUCUCGCCAACUAUGACGAAGAUGGGGCAUGGCCAGUUUUACUGGAUGAGUUUGUAGAAUGGCUUCGUGAACAAAACAAGAUGUCAAGUUGAGGUUGGAUGGCUUCGGUCAAGAGUGCUAGAUGUGUCAUCGACAGAUGUUUUACACUGAUUUGACAAUAUGUGGAGAAACAUAAACUUGUGUGUCGGGUCUCCAUGGCAACGGAUGAAUGUUUGCAGAUGUGUUUGUCUUUCACUUGCCACCACAGUUGGUCAAUGAAGCAAUGCAAUCCUUUGGUCAUGUGACCUGCUGCCAGGCAUUACGAACAUGAUCUUGCCCGCAGUGUGAUUAUGACUGUCGGGUCACCCCAUCCAGCUACUUGUGCUUUAUUCCAUGUCUUGUAACCAUGGCAACGGUGCUGUUGUUACAGGUUGUCCAUGUUCCUGGGAGACUCGUACUGAGCAAUCACUCUGUUGAUAUUAACAUGAUCUGGUAAGGGGUGGGGUAGGGUUGGGUGGGAUGGGGUUUGGGGCAAGAGAGUGAAAGUUAUUUUAUCACUGGUACCAAUGCCAGUGAAUAGGAGCAUAAGAUUUCUUAAACCAUACAUGUUAUUUACAACUUUUAUUGUAAAUGUUCAAGGUUUAAUAAGUACAAAAUCACACCAAA